AUACAAUGACUAUAAAGUUUCCAUUGAUCGUUUAAGGUCUUCAUGGGUUAGGAUUAAGUAAAAUAUAUAUAUAUAUAAACAUCAGAUGGAAUGGAAAACUCACAAAGUACGAUAACCUUUAGUGAGUGCCGCCUGGACGUGUCUACCACUGCAAAUAUUGGAGGCAUUAUUAUGCUUACCUUGGCUUUACCCAUGGAGAGUAUUCUUUUCUAUUUGGUUGCAGUUGCACUGCUGUUGGCUCAGUUCAUGGUGAUUAGUACAGCUAAGGUUGUGACUAACAUCACCACUGAUCAAUAUGCUCUUCUUGAUUUCAAAGCUCAUAUAACCUCUAACAUCUUAUCACAAAACUGGUCCAGCUCCACUCCCAUGUGUCGAUGGGUUGGCAUCUCUUGUGGUGCACGCCAUGGAAGGGUCACUGCCUUAAAUCUCCCAAACAUGAAACUCCAAGGAACCAUCUCUCCACACCUUGGAAAUCUCUCAUUCCUAAUCUCUCUAAGCAUCUCAUUCAACAAUUUCCAUGGCCCUCUACCAAAGGAGCUAGGAAAGCUGCCCCGACUUAAGCGACUUCUUGUUUAUAAUAAUAGCUUCUCUGGUGUCAUCCCUCAUACCCUGUUCAACAUGUCAAAGCUGAAGAUUAUGGAUUUAGGGGAUAACCUUAUUGAAGGGAGCAUCCCAUUUGAGAAAGGCCAGCUUCCCAGCCUGAAAGCACUAUCUGUGGAAAACAACCUGCUUUCCGGUGCUUUAUCAGAUGAUAUGGGUGAAUGUCUUCCAAAAGUUGAGGUUUUGUCAUUAUUUAAUAACACGUUUGUCAUACCUAGGAGUAUUGGGAACCUGACUAAGCUCAAGGAGUUAUAUAUAGGUCUCAACAAUUUCACUGGUGACAUUCCGCAAGAAUUGGAGAAUCUUGUUGAAUUGGAGAUACUUGACAUGUGGAGCAUGGGAGUCGGAGGUCCAAUUCCAUUUUUUAUCUUCAACAUGUCUUCUCUAAAAAAAGAUUGAUUUGCGUGGCAAUGGCUUAGUUGGGAGUCUUCCAGUGGAUAUAUGCCACCAUCUUCCUCUACUUCAGUUGCUUUUUCUUAAAGACAAUAAGCUUACAGGAGGAAUACCCAAAAGUAUCGGAAAUUGUACUCUACUUGAGGAGUUAUGGUUCGAGGAUAAUGACUUGAAAGGUACAAUUCCCUUUGAGGUUGGGCACCUACGAAACCCGAAGGUACUAAGUGUGGCAUCCAACAACCUCACGGGCAACAUUCCAUCUAUUAUUUUCAACAUUUCAACACUAAAAAUCUUUUCACUGUCGGACAACCAACUCACAGGAAAUCUUCCAUCAAGCAUAGGCCACACUCUUCCAAAUCUUGAGGAAAUUUAUCUAUCGCACAAUCAACUUACCGGACCAAUCCCAAGCUCUAUCUCAAAUGCUUCUAAGCUCGCAAUAGUAGAGUUGUCAAAUAACGCCUUCACUGGAAAUAUUCCCAGCAGUCUCGGCAACUUGAGAUCUCUCCAGUGGCUUAACAUUGCAUACAAUGACUUGGAUGGUGAAUCAUCUUCCCAAGAAUUGACGUUUCUCUCAUCCUUGACGAAUUGCCUGAAUUUAGGAGUUAUUGAGUUAUCAAACAAUCCAUUAAAUGGUAUUCUUCCUAGUUCUAUUGGCAAUUUCUCUUUGACACUUGAAAGCAUUAGUCUAAAACAUUGUGGACUUAAAGGGGGCAUUCCCAUGACAAUUGGUAACUUGAGCAACGUAUUUCUUAUAGACCUUUCGCACAAUGAACUAAUUGGGUCAGUUCCAAUUGCAAUCGACAGAUUACAGAAUCUUCAGGGGUUGUUUUUGCAUAAUAAUAAAUUACAAGGACAAAUUCCAACAGAGCUUUGUCAAUUACAGAGGUCCGACACUUUGUCAUUUCAUGACAAUAUGCUAAAUGGAUCAAUACCUGCAUGUAUUGGCAAUCUGUCUAGUCUGAGAUAUCUCGACUUGAGCUCUAACAGGCUUAGUUUCGCUAUACCAACAACCUUGUGGAGUCUUAGUUAUAUCUUGAAGCUUUACCUAAAUUCGAACUCUUUGACUGGUUCCGUUUCUUCAGAAAUCGGAAGUUUGAAGGUCAUCAUCGAAGUUGGCUUGUCGAAAAAUCAACUGUCAGGUAAUAUCCCCAGUAGCAUUGGGGGACUAAAAGAUCUCACUUCCCUCUCACUUGCAGAUAAUGCUUUGGAUGGUCAAAUUCCAAAAUCAUUUGAUGGCUUGAUAAGCUUGGAGACUUUGGACCUCUCUAAUAAUAAAGUCUCUGAAGCGAUACCAAAGUCGUUGGAGAAACUUUCACACCUCAGAUAUUUCAAUGUCUCUUUCAAUAGGUUACAAGGAGAAAUUCCAAAUGGAGGACCAUUUGUGAACUUCUCAGCUCAAUCAUUUUUGUCCAAUGAGGGACUCUGUGGCUCGCCUCGAUUGCAGGUCCCGCCAUGCAAAACUAUCAGAGCAGGACGAUCCAAGCCAACUUUUGCGCUUCUAUUGAAAUAUGUUUUGCCUGCAAUUGCAUCUACAAUAUUGUUGGUCUCUCUUAUCAUUAUUCUUGUAACGAGCCGCAAAAGAAAAGCAAACUUGCCAGUACAAGACAAUCUGACACCCCUUUCCAUGUUGAAAAGAAUUUCAUAUCAGGAGCUUCAACGGGCAACGAAUGGAUUUAGUGAGGGAAACUUGCUUGGCACUGGAAGUUUUGGCUCUGUAUACAAAGGAACACUUUCAGAUUCAGACAGAACCCAAAUUGCAGUAAAGGUAUUCGAUUUGCAGUUAGAGCGUGCAUUUACAAACUUUGAGGUUGAAUGUGAGGUAUUACGUUGCAUCCGACAUCGGAAUCUUAUCAAGGUUAUCAGCAGUUGCAGUAACAACAUUGAUUUUAAAGCCUUGGUAUUGAAAUUCAUGCCUAAUGGGAGCCUAGAAAGAUGGUUGUACUCUCACAACUAUUUUUUGGAUAUAUUCCAUAGGCUAAACAUAAUGGAAGAUGUUGCCAUGGCAUUGGAAUAUCUACAUCAGGGCAAUUCAACACCAGUCGUCCAUUGUGAUCUGAAACCUGGUAACAUCCUGCUAGAUGAGGAUAUGGUGGCACAUGUAAGUGACUUUGGAAUCGCCAAACUCUUGGGUGAAGGAGAAGCUAUGAGACGAACAAUGACACUGGCCACUAUUGGAUACAUGGCUCCAGAGUAUGGAAUGGCAGGAAUUGUUUCUACAAGAUGCGAUGUCUAUGCUUUUGGUAUCCUACUGUUGGAAACUUUCACAAGAAAGAAGCCUACAGAUGCAAUGUUUGUGGGGGAAAUGAACUUGAAGAGUUGGGUGAAAGAGUCGUUAGCAUAUGCACUAAGUGAAGUUGUUGAUGACAAUUUGUUGAAGAAAGAAGACAGACAUUUUGUUGAUAAAAUGAAUUGUAUUUCAUCAAUUAUGGAAUUGGCUUUGGCUUGCACAGAAGACUCACCAGAAGAUCGAAUAAACAUGAGUGAUGCCUUAGUUGCACUCAAAAAGAUCAAGAAAAAGCUGUUGAAGGAUACCAGAGCAGAGCGUAAUGCAAGAUCUAGAAUGAGGAGGCAGUGAUAUUAACAUCUUCACAGUGCCUUGUAAUGGUGUAGGAGAAGGUGAAGUAUGGAUCCAAGAUUCUGCAAAUCCUGGUGAAUUCACCAUAGCCAAUUUUAUUAGCUUGACAGUUUCUUUAUGCUGGAAGUGUUAUGGUAUGGUAUUCUCUCAGGUCCUAGUUCAGUCGUGCAUGCCAUGGCCUGCAUUAGCUUUAAGUUGCUUGUUGUUUAUUAGUUUUUGUUUUUGGAUUGUGAUUUCAGUUGUGGAGUAUGGAUUUUGAAGUUUAAGUAUAACUUGUUGGUUCUGUGUAGUGGGGUUUUAUUGGAAUUGACCAAGUAAACUCGAUUGUGGUCCUUUUUGUUUUUGUUCAUAGCAUGUUUGAUUAAAUGCCUCAAUGAACUCCGUCAGCUCUGAAAUUCUGAAAUUAGUUGUGUUUGAGACUAUAAUAUUAUUGUGUUUGAACGAUGGCAUCAAGCUUCUUCCGUCGACAAGUAAGAAAACUAAAUUGCGAGAAUAGAAUCUAAUUCAUUAAGAACCAUACAAAAUUCAGAUUUUGUCCUGUUUCUGAGUUUAAGGCAUUGAUCUGCCGAAUGUGCGUCAUGUUGAAAUAUAGGAAUACAACAA